GGUACGGUUUUGACUUCUUUGGCAGAAAUCCUUGUACAAAAAUUAUUGUUUUGUCGCUUUCCAAAUGACAAUUCAGUGGUUGAUCUUGCUAGUGCAAAAGCAAGAUCAACAAGGCGCUUCAUUGUAUCCUACAGGCAUUUCGGGUUACUCCUUUUGCAUACCAGAUCUAGUGGGGAAGUUAGAUCGCUUUGAUGGGGGCAACUUUAUUCGAUGGCAAUGCAAGAUGCACAUCCUUCUCACAACUCUCAACAUCGUUUAUGUUCUCACUGAUGCUCGACCAGAGGAAAAUGAGAAUGAAACUUUGCAAGAUACAAGGAAAAGGAAAAAGUGGGAGAAUGAUGAUUAUGUCUGUAGGGGCUGCAUCUUAAAUGGUAUGUCUGAUUCCCUUUUUGAUACUUAUGUUCAUGAGUCUACUGCAAAAGAACUGUGGGAUAAGUUAGAAACAAGAUAUAUGAAUGAAAAUGCAACAAGUAAGAAGUUUCAGGUGACCAGAUGGAAUAAUUAUAAAAUGAUUGAUAACAAAUCAGUCAUGGAACAAUUUAGAGAAAUUGAAAAAUUGCUGACUAGUUUCAAGCAAUAUGAUAUGAAGAUGGAUGAAUCCAUAGUUGUGUCUUCAAUAAUUGAUAAACUUCCUCAUGCAUGGAAAGAUUUCAAGAGAACAUUAAAACACAAAAAAGAAGAUAUUUCUCUUGAAAAUCUUGCUAACUCUUUAAGACUUGAAGAGCAAUAUAGAGUAGAAAAUGAAAAGGAGCAAAAAUUGCAAGUCUCGGAUGUGCAUGUAUUGGAGGAAGGAACUUCAAGCAAGCCCAAAAAGCCUUUUAAGAAGAAGGAGUAUUCUGUCAAGCAAAAUCAGAAAUUUAAGAAGCAAAAGGAUGCAUGUUUCCAUUGUGGAAAAACUGGACACUUCCAAAGGGAGUGUUAUUUUCUCAAGAAGAAAAGGAAUGCACCAGCAUUAUCACAUGAAAAAUUCAUUGCUGUGAUUUCUGAAAUUAAUCUCAUGGAAGAUGACACUGCUUGGUGGAUAGAUUCUUGUGCUACGAAGCAUGUUUGCAAGGACAAAAGUAUAUUCAAAACUUUAAAACUAGAACCUAAAGGAAGUGUGCUGUAUGUGGGAAAUUCUGCAACAGUACAAGUGGGCAAAGGAACCGUGGACCUUGAGUUCAAUUCUGGAAAAGUUCUCACUCUCACUAAUGUGCAUUAUGUGCCGGAUAUCAAGAAAAAUCUAGAAAAGUUUAUGCUUGUGAGGGCAUGUUCAAGAUGAACAUUAAUAAUAAUAUUAAUAAUAAGGGUGUUGUUUCUACUUAUAUUCUUGACUCAUUUAAUUUAUGGCAUCAUAGAUUAGGACAUGUUAAUUUUAGGAAGAUGUAUGAGAUGUCUAAAUUAGAAUUAAUUCCUACCUUGCCU